AUGGUUUCAGCUUCGCCAGGACACGAAAGAGACCACGAUGGAAUGGCCUCACCUCGCCAAAAACAAGAGGCUUGGUGGAGAAUCCACCUCUUUCGUGGUAUGAUCAGUGACAUCCGUCGACGAAUACCAUACUAUGUCAGCGACUGGACGGACGCGUGGGACUAUCGUGUAGUCCCUGCUACAGUGUAUAUGUAUUUUGCCAACAUCCUCCCUGCCCUGGCUUUCUCUCUCGACAUGUUCCAGAAAACAGGGUCAAACUAUGGCGUCAACGAAGUUUUACUCUCCUCUGUUCUUGGGGCGGUUAUCUUCUCUCUAUUUGCUGCACAACCGCUGGUCAUUGUCGGAGUUACGGGCCCAAUAACCGUCUUCAACUACACCGUAUAUGAUAUCAUGAAGCCAACCGGCGUCAAUUAUAUUGGCUUCAUGUGCUGGAUCGGCAUUUGGUCACUUAUCCUUCACUGGAUUCUCGCCGUAACGAACUCGUGCAACUGGCUCCGAUGGGUCACGCGCUUCCCCUGUGACAUCUUUGGGUUUUACGUCGCUUUUAUCUACCUACAAAAGGGCAUCCAAGUCCUCGAACAUCUCGGUAGAGGACAAGAGUUCUAUCUCUCCAUCGCUGCCGCUCUUCUUGUCUUCAUGGCAGCAUACGUGUGCGGCGAACUUGGCGGGAGCAGCCUUUUCCGCCACCCCUUGCGCGUGUUUCUCAAGGACUACGGCACACCUUUGACAAUCAUCUUUUUCACUGGCUUUGUCCAUUUCGGCCGUAUGCAGGAGGUUGAUCUUGAGGUUUUGCCCACUGGAAUCGCCUUUGAGCCUACCAGUGGCCGCGAUUGGCUCGUCCGCUUCUGGGAUUUGAGCGUGGGUGACGUCUUUCUAGCUCUGCCCUUUGCAGUCCUUCUGACCAUUCUCUUCUGGUUCGAUCAUAAUGUUUCUUCACUUAUCGCCCAGGGCAGCGAGUUUCCACUUCGCAAACCUGCUGGUUUUCACUGGGAUAUAUUCCUCCUCGGUUUGACAACUGGUGUUGCAGGUAUCCUUGGCCUACCGUUUCCCAAUGGCCUCAUCCCUCAAGCACCCUUCCAUACGGAGUCGCUCUGUGUUACAAAAGCUGUCAAGGAAGAUGAUGACGAUGGCAACCCAGUAGGCGGUGGCUAUUCCUUCGAGGCCACACACGUUGUAGAGCAACGGUUUUCCAACUUUGCUCAAGGUCUCCUUACUUUGGGUACUAUGACGGGACCCCUUUUAGUGGUCCUUCACUUGAUUCCCCAUGGUGUGCUCGCGGGUCUAUUCUUUGUUAUGGGUGUCCAGGCCCUUGAGGGGAAUGGUAUCACGAGCAAGCUUAUUUUCCUAGCGCGCGAUCGGGCCCUCACGCCUUCAAACAGCCCCUUACUUCAAAUUCGCCGGCGCUCAGCUAUCUGGUACUUUGUCCUCAUCGAGCUCGUCGGCUUCGGUGCCACUUUUGCUAUCACCCAGACUGUAGCCGCUGUCGGCUUCCCUGUCAUCAUCUUUGCUCUAAUACCAAUCCGUGCUCUCCUACUUCCCUGCAUAUUCUCCCCCGAGGAACUCUCUCUUCUUGACCAGCCAACAGCCUCCGAUUUCAUCAUGGAAGGAAUCGGGGGGUCAUGGGGCGGCAAGGACGACGAAAAACCUGCUUUGCAACAGAGAGAUGCCCUCCGACGUCCAGAACAUCGCGAUAGUGUGCUUGCGUAUCCUGGUGUCCCUAGAAGGAGUCAGGAGGAUCUUGCAGAGCUAGGUCAAAUACAAUCUAGGCAGAGCACAGCGACAAGAAGGAGGAGUUUGGAGAGACGACAACAAAGAAAGUCAACCCCAUAG